AUGUCAUCAUCAAUUAUUUCAUUACUUACUUUAGCUGGUAAACAAAUAACUCUUUAUUUGGGCACAUUUACUCUUGUUGUUGGUGUUAUUGGUGGAUUACUCAAUAUCAUUGUUUUUCUUAGUCUGAAAACUUUUCGAGAAAGUUCUUCAGCAUUCUAUUUAACUAUUAUGUCCAUUGUCAAUAUAGGUCAACUGCUCACAGGUUUACUUUCUCGAAUUAUGAAUAGUGGUUUUGGUAUUGAUUGGACAUUAGCAUCUUUAUUUUAUUGCAAAUUUCGAUUGUACUGCUUUAAUAUAUGUGCAUCAAUAUCAAUGACUUGUAUUUGUUUGGCAAUCAUUGAUCAAUAUUUAGCCACUUCUUCUCGUGCACAAUGGCGACAAUGGUGUAGCAUGAAAAUAGCUCGUCGUUUGGUAUUUAUAUUUGUUCUCAUUUGGAUUAUUCAUAAUAUUCCUUAUCUAAUCUAUUUUGAUCAUGUAAUAUCAAUAACGACAGGUCAAGUUACAUGUACAAACACAAAUAAUAUUUUUCAACAAUAUACAAUCUAUGGUACUACUCUAAUUAUUGGAAAACUUCUUCCAAUCUCUAUUACAUUUGUAUUUGGACUUUUGGCUUAUCAUAAUGUACAACAAUUAGGUUAUCGGACAGCACCUUUGGUUCGUCGUGAAUUAGACAAACAGUUGACAGUAAUGAUUUUAGUCCUCAUUGUUUUUGCUUUCUUUACUAAUAUACCGAAUACUAUUGCAUACAUUCUAUCAGCAAUGCCAGGACUUACUCAAGAUCCUGUUGUAUCAGCACAAAUACAAUUUGCCAAUCUUGUGACCACAUAUCUUGUUUAUAUAUAUUUUGCAGGACAAUUACGAGUGGCAACGGCUGCUAUUGAUGCAAGUGUUUACUCUGUCGAAAACAAUACAACCGUGUCAUUUUUUAAACGAACAAAUGAAACUGUAUAUAAUAUAUGGAAUACAACUGCAGGUAGUAGUAGUAUAUAUGCAGUGUCUGGCUAUUAUUCUGGUAACUAUUAUCCAAGUGGAUCAGCACAAAUCGCAUUUGAUGGGAAUCUUAGUACGAGAGCUUGUAGUUAUGGAGCAUGCAAUUCCAGUUUUGGAGCACUGGCAUGCGGAACACAAGCUGGUUUCUAUCUAACAAUGAAUGGUGGGCCAAAAGUUCUUGUAGCAUUCUAUAUGAGUACAAGCUUUGAGCCAACGAGUCGAGCGCGUGAUCCUAUGACGAUUACUAUUGAGGGCAGCAAUUUAAAUGGAUCGACUCUUAUACUUGGCUCCAGCUGGACUUUAAUAUACAAUGGUUCUGCAGGAUUCAUAAUAAAUCCUGGACGAGCAGCUUGGGGUACAUUGCAAUUGAUUCCAAAUCCUUUAAUUGCGUUCGCAAGCUAUCGUCUGCUUGUCACUUCAAAACAAGGGUCUGACACUUGUUCAUCAUAUGGUGAAGUUUUAUUCGCUUUACGCUGA